AUGCUAAUACAACAGAACAAAAUAAAUAGUGAAGUGAAGGCGAGAAUUCAAGCCGGAAGGAUCGCUGUUGAGAACAGUGAUAGAAAGGGUUCCACAAGGAAAAAGACCACUGGGACGCCCAAGAUUAAGAUGAGAAGACAGAGUAAAAGAAGACGUGGAAAAAGUAAAGCCAGGAGAGGACUGAAAGGAAUUAUCGUUAGAAAGAGAAAGUUGGAGGCAAAUUUGCUGGACGGUAUGGUCUUAAAGGCCGAAAACCACGAAGAAGAAGUCAUACUAGUUUUAAAUAAAGUUAAAAAUAAAUUAAUUGAAGUUAAAUCAUCUUAA